GGGCGGGGAGGGAGAGAGAGACGGAGGGGGGCGUCGCCGUGGCCUUGCAGAGCUCCGCUGCCGCCGUGCCGAUGUCCCGCAGGGCGAGAAGGGGCCGGGAGGAGGGGGAGGAGGAAGAGGAGGCGAGGGGUAGCCAGGCGCGGCGCAGGAGCCCGCAGGAGCCCGCGGCGAGCGGCGGCAGGAGCCAGGGCCGGCAUGAGAGGAAAAGGAAGAAGCAGGAGGCGCAGCAGCUCCAGAAGCUCCAGCACCUGGAGUCCUUCUACGAGAAACCUCCCCCAGGACUAAUUAAGGAAAAUGAAACAAAACCAGAAGACUGCAUCCCUGAUGUACCCGGCAAUGAAAGCGCACGAGAAUUCCUGGCCCAUGCCCCAACAAAAGGGCUUUGGAUGCCUUUGGGAAAAGAAGUCAAAGUUAUGCAAUGUUGGAGGUGUAAGCGUUAUGGACACAGAACAGGAGAUAAAGAAUGCCCAUUCUUUAUUAAAGGCAAUCAGAAAUUGGAACAAUUUAGAGUAGCACAUGAAGAUCCCAUGUAUGAUAUAAUAAGGGAAACUAAACGUCAUGAAAAAGAAAUGAGGAUACAGCAACUGAAACAGCUCUUGGAAGACUCCACCUCAGAUGAUAACGAUAGCAGUGACGACAGUGAUGAGGAUGAUGAAGAUAGCAGCAGCUCCGCUUCCUCAGAAUGUAGAGAUAAACACAAGAAAAAAAAGAGAAAGAAGGAAAAGAAAAAAAAAGAAAAGAAGAAGAAGAAAAAGAGAAAGCAUAAGUCAUCUAAAUCUAAUGAGAAGUUAGAAGCUGACUGACAGUAGUCACCUGCUACACGCUUAAGGACCCUUACUUGUGAACUGCAAGGAACGAUCCAAAGAAUGAGGAAGAAACCACCAGAAAGGGCUUUAUUAAACUGAGAUCAUACAGAUGGAUACAUAUAGCACCCUACGCUGGCUCUUCUUUCCUACUCCUCUGCAGUGCUGCAGCCAGGAAAGAGAGUAUAGUUUAAUGCAUUAAACUAUACUCAACCAUUCAUAUCUUUAAACCCUAAAACCCGUGCUAAGGACCAUCCAGCAGGAUCAUAUUGGGCCUCUGCGUUGCUCUGUAACUGCCCACAGAAAGCCAUAACUACCAAGGCAGAAUUCAGCAGACUACCUAUUGAAGUAUGUUUUACCAUACUAUCAGUUAAUUACAUACAAAGCUUCAGUGCAAGGGGACUGCAGUUUGCACCAUGCACAGCACGGACAGUUCUCUUACAGUCCUUACAACAUUAUACUUUUUUUUUCUGCAUACUGCCUGUGUGUGCUGAAGUUCAUUUUACUUACCCUAGCACUGGCAGCUGGGGGAAAUAAAGAACACUGCUGAAGGGGAAAAGAGUUCAUCAAGGGAAUUUAAGACAAAAUCACAGUAUCAACAAGACUUGACUUUUUUGUAGCAAAAUCUCAGUGUUUUCAACAAUAAUAGGCACAGUUCUAUAAUACCUAAAGUGUUCCCCAAACCAGAGGAUUAGGAGCCAGGUGUAAUGAUGUUAGAUGUUCAAUUUUACUAUAAAGAGAGAAGUUUAAUUAUUUAAAAAAAGGGGUGGUUCAUGUUGGAAAUGAAAAAUAUAUAUUUCUACAUACAUUUCAGUAUCAGUUGUUUUGAUACAUUUGAUUUUUUUCCUUUUAAAAAGGUCUGGGGAAGUAAAUUCCAACUUAUUUUGUAUAUUUACUAGAAUUAUUUCACAUAAUAUUUUAUGAAUCAUCCCACAAGAACAUAAAUGUCUAAGGGUUUCAGUAUGGUUUUCAAAUACAUGCUUAUAAGUUGCAGAACAGCAGCAAAGAACAUGUAAGCAGGAAGAAGGGAAAGAUAUGUACUCUGCUUAAAAACAAAACAAAAAAAAAACUUGGCCAGUCUACAAGGUCACUAAUGCUCCAAGGCAAACUUAACUGGAAAGAUAGAGAUGUCAAUACACUGCAUUAGAGUAAGAAUCAUUUUGAAAGAUCGACAGAUAAAGGUACAGCAGUGCAAAGCUGUGACUUGAGGACCUAGAGGUUUAUUGGUGCUUUCCAAAAGGAAAAAAACAGAUUUGCUUUGAAAGGACUAGGUCAUAUUUGAUCUCAUUCAGCACUUAGUCUCUGUGCUUGUUAUUAUAUUAAGCAAAGCAUAAUAAAGCUCUAACAUCAGUAGCUAUUGAUGGUGAAAUCAAGGAACCAGAGACACAAAUGCAUUUUAAGUUGUUUCCCACCGAGUGCUUUGGAAGACAGGGAAAGUAUACAUUAAAAUGUGUUUUUUUCCCU